UGGCUUCAUUCGAGUUGCCAAGCAGCUCUAAGGCAGAAGUGCAAGUCCUCUCUCCAGACUGAAUUGGCCUAAUCGGCAUUCUGCUGGUUUUCUCCAUCACCUCACAAAGGUUUUCCUGAUCAACUUUCUGCAUGGCUUGUAUUGAAAAUGUCCUUGGUGGACACGCCCCUUCACCUAAUGGAGCAAUUGCCAAUGAGUGUGGGAUGCGGGAGUCGCGUCCCGACGACAUGUCCCUCCAGCGUCCAAGUUCCAUGCCAAAAGAUGAUGAGGAGGCUUGGGGCCACCAUUGGGUCCUGCUGAGAGCUCCCGUCAGUGUGCUGACUGACCUGGCAAGAGAGCAGCUGGAACGACCCUCCGAGACAGCAGGAGCUUGCAUUCCUGUCAACAGUUCCAGAGCUCACAAACACCCCUAUGGGCCACCACCUGUUGUUAUGGAAGAGUCCCUAGCAACAACAGAAGUAAAUAGCUCUGAGGGGUUGGCAGGCUGGAGGCUUAGAGAACAGGAUUCUAUUAAUGUGUCCCAGGAAUUCUCUGGCAGCCCUCCAGCACUGAUGAUAGGGGGGGCAAGGGUGAGCAGUGGGGACACCCAAAGAGGUGGCAAUAAUGCAAAGUUAUACCUGGUUUUGCCAGGUCAAGGGUUCUUUCCAUCCAGGGGUCUGCAAGUUAGAGGGCCCCCACAUAUCCCCACCGUUAGAUCAGGGGUAAUGAUGGAGCUGCCUCCAGGAAAUACAAGAAUGGCCAGCAAGGAAAGGCUGGCUCAUGUUUCUUUCCCACCAGAAGGCCCCCAGCACCCAGUGGAGAACUGGCCUAAGCCUCUCCCUUUGUCUUCCAGUACUCCCGGUUUACCUUCUCACCCUACUGCUCACUGCUUUAUAUCUCCUCGACCUCCAAGUUUCAGUCCAUUUCUUGCUAUACCUAUUGCUUUUGCUCCACCCCCGAUAUUUGGUCCUACCCUGCCUUCUUAUUUGGCCAAUUUUCCUUCCUGGGGCAUGCCUGCUCCUGAGCUCUCAAACAGAGAGAAAAACUGAUGACAAGAAAGGGCUGGGGGAAAAGGUGAAAAUUACUCAUUUAUGUUUUAAUAUUUGAAAACCCCCUACCCUCUUAGAUUUUGCUUGCCUUAUGUGUUUGGAGAUUCAAUAAAGAUUCUGAAGU